AGUUGCAGAGAAUAAAGAUAUUGACCUGCCGGACAUCACCUUAGUGGAAUUGCUAGCAACUUCACUCAGUAACCCCUGCCCAAAUGGCAGUCACCAUGGGGUUUGUGAAGGAGAAUGCCAGCUCUGCUUCCACCAACUUCCUUUCCAUGUUUAGUCCCCAAGAAGACCAAGCUUCUCCCUUUUCAUUCAACUCCAGUUACAGUGAUUAUGAUAUGCCCCUGGAUGAAGAUGAAGAUGUGACCAAUUCUCGGACUUUCUUUGCUGCCAAGAUUGUCAUUGGUGUGGCGCUGGUGGGCAUCAUGCUCAUCUGUGGCAUUGGCAACUUCAUCUUCAUUGCUGCCCUGGCCCGCUACAAAAAGCUGCGCAACCUCACCAAUGUGCUCAUCGCCAACUUGGCCAUCUCUGACUUCUUGGUGGCCAUUGUCUGCUGCCCCUUUGAGAUGGAUUACUAUGUGGUGCGCCAGCUCUCCUGGAAGCAUGGCCACAUCCUGUGUGCCUCCAUCAACUACCUGCGUACUGUUUCCCUCUAUGUCUCUACAAAUGCCCUGCUGGCCAUUGCCAUUGACAGAUACCUUGCCAUUGUCCACCCACUGAGACCUCGGAUGAAAUAUCAAACAGCCACUGGCCUGAUCGCCUUGGUGUGGAUGGUGUCAAUACUGAUCGCCAUCCCUCCAGCCUACUUCACAACAGAAACAGUUCUCAUCAUUGUCAAGGACCAGGAGAAGAUCUUCUGUGGUCAAAUCUGGCCAGUUGACCAGCAGAUCUACUACAAGUCCUACUUUCUCUUCAUAUUUGGCAUUGAGUUUUUGGGCCCAGUGGUUACCAUGACACUGUGCUAUGCCAGGAUCUCUCAGGAACUCUGGUUCAAGGCAGUCCCUGGUUUCCAGACUGAGCAGAUCCGGAAGCGCCUUCGCUGUCGCCGAAAGACAGUCCUGGUACUCAUGUGCAUCCUGAUGGCAUAUGUAAUAUGCUGGGCUCCCUUCUAUGGUUUCACCAUCGUUCGUGACUUUUUCCCCACCGUGUUCGUGAAGGAGAAGCACUUCCUUACAGCUUUCUACAUCGUAGAGUGCAUCGCUAUGAGCAACAGCAUGAUCAACACUUUAUGCUUUGUCACAGUCAAGAAUAACACCAUCAAGUAUUUCAAGAAGAUUGUGCUGCUUCACUGGCAAUCUUCUUACAAGGGCAGUAAAUCCAGUGCAGAUCUUGAUCUCAAAACCACCGGGGCACCUGCCACUGAAGAGGUGGAUUGCAUCAAAUUGAAAUAA